AGUGACUCUUGUUUUGGUCCGUCGAGGAGAAAGCCGCAUCCUGAAGGGAACACGGCCGUCGCUGCAGCCGCCGGCUCUGCUCGGCUCUCCGCUUGUUUUUAACACAUUUCUCCUGAUGGUCUUGUGAUUUCGGCUGCGGGCUCAUCAUGCCGGUCAUCUGCGCUGCGAUAGGCUGCACCAACAAGUUCGUCAAAGGCUCGGAAAUCAGGUUUUACCGGUUCCCUCUCAGCAAACCUCAGCUUGCCAGCCAAUGGGUGCACAGCCUGGGGAUGAAGAAUUUCAUCCCCACCACCAACACCUGCCUCUGCUCCGAGCACUUCAGGCCCGACUGCUUCAGGGAUUACAACGGCAAGCAGUUCCUGCGAGAGGACGCCGUGCCCACCAUAUUCGCCGUCGGCCACGACUCAUCAAAGAUAGAACUUCGAAAGAGAGGAGUGAUACCGAAGGAGACGAGCAUCGCCAAUCGAAUUGGGACUCAAGCGGACAGAGACAGGGCGAGGGAGGCCGCCGGGCAGCGCAAAGAGAAACGAGGGGGAUUCAGGGGCGGGCGAGGAGGCGGGCGUGGAGCGAAAACUCCAGCUGACAGGCAAAACAUGGGAGCCAAGAGCAAAGUGUAUGACAACAAAGGCCGACUGCUCUCCAACGGCAAGGACAUGUGUGACUGUCUGGACGUGGACUGCAUGGGCUGCUUCUACCCCUGCCCCGAGUGCGGCUCGCGCAAGUGCGGGGUCGAGUGCCGCUGCGACAGGAAGUGGCUUUACGAGCAAGUGGAGGUGGAGGGCGGCGAGAUCAUCCGCAACAAAUACGCUAUUUAAUUAGCGGUGGAUUUUGUGAAGACUCGGUCGUGAUGUCAGCGGGCAUCCGGGAACCAAAACGCACUCCCCUCCUGAAUCAGGCUGUUCUGGUUUGGCUGCUGGACCCCCUCAUCUCUUUUUUUUUUUUUUUUUUUUUUUUUUUUUUUUAAGGACUCUUUAAUGACACUUUUUUGAGUCUCGUCAGGUUUUUUUUGUAAGACUAAUGCCCAGGUGGGCUGCCGUGCAAGUCAACAGAAGUACUCUGUGCAGCUUGGAGAUGUAGUUUUUGGUUUUCUUAAAACCUUUUUUUUCCCUUUUUUUUUGCAUGUUUUAUAUGCCAACUUGUGGUAAUAAAGUCCUCUGAAUGCUAAA